AUGGCCGACCCAUCAACAUGCCCACCACUAAACCCCUCCUCAAUCCGCACCGCCUACUCCAAGAUCCGACCCUAUAUCCACAAAACACCCUUACUGUCCAGCAAAAGCUUGAACGCCAUCGCUUCUUCGGUCGAUCCGAGUGUUUAUUUGUCCGAUAAUCCACCUAGUUUUGCGGAGGUUGAGGUUGCCGACAACAACGACAAUGCACAGUCACAGUUGUCAACGGAGCCUUCGGCGCCUACGUUUAAGUUGUUUUUCAAAUGUGAGAAUUUCCAAAAGAUCGGCGCGUUCAAGGCCCGUGGGGCGUUUCAUGCCGUCACGAGACUUAUUGAUGAAAUGGGUGUGGAGGAGGUGAGACGGAGGGGGGUUGUUACGCAUAGUAGUGGAAACCACGCACAAGCACUCGCCCUAGCAGCCUCAACAUUCUCCAUCCCCAGCUACAUCGUGAUGCCCAAGAUCAGCACCCCCUCCAAAAUCGCCGGAACAAAACUCUACACUCCGAACGUGAUCUUCAGUGGCUCGACAUCCGACGAACGCGAAGCCGUGGUGGCCGAGGUGAUUGCAGAGAAAAACGCCAUUCUGGUCCCGCCAUACGAUCACCCAGACAUUAUUCUAGGUCAGGGCACCGUCGGCCUGGAAAUGGAGGAACAAUUCCUCGAACAAACCAUUGCCAACGCGGACGCAGAUUCUCACACUCUGGUUCAAGGCGGCUUCGACGCCGUCAUUGCCCCGCUUGGCGGCGGUGGGUUGCUGGGUGGUAUCGCCACUUGGUUCUCGGAUAAGCCUGAGACGAAAGUCUUUGGGGCGGAACCGUCGUUCCAGGGCGCCGAUGAUGGACGUCGGGGUCUCGAAGCCGGCAAGAGGGUCGAGCAUGUCAAAAGCUUGACUAUUGCGGAUGGAUUGCGCACGCCUGUUGGACUAAGAAAUUGGGAUAUCUUUAUUGAUCCGAAGAAAUUGGAGGGGUUGUUUGCUGUCACCGAGGACCAGAUCAAGAAUGCUAUGCGGUUGGUCUACGAGAGGCUGAAGGUGGUGGUGGAACCUAGUGCUGCUGUUGGGCUGGCUGUGGUUUUGUUCAAUGAGGAUUUUAGGGCGAGGGUGGUUGCUGAGCAGCAGAAAGAGAAGGUAAAGGAUGCGGUUUGGAAUGUGGGUAUUGUGUUUAGUGGUGGGAAUACGACUAUGAAAGCGAUUGCUAAAUUGUUUGCGGAAGAAGAGGCUGCUCAGGAUGAUGGUCAAAGACAGACUACAAAUGUCACGGCGGGUGAGAGACAUCAAGGGACGAUAGGGGUGGAUGGAGAGAAAAAGGCCGAGGAUGUUGCUGGAUAG